GCUCUGGUGCAGAAGACCCACAUGCGGAAAAUAUUUCUGAGUUUCUAGGUAGUAUCUUACACAAGGGCGCCUGAGUUGUCUUAAAAUCUAAGUAGCCUUAAGGGGACGUCUUAGGAAUCAAGAUGUUACCAGAAGCACAGGAAGGAGAGGAGACAAUGGUGGUCGCAAGACUUUCUGCCCCCGCCACCAUCCGUGUGGAACCCGUGGGGAAGUGGUUCGAGGCGUACGCACAUCGCUACCGCCACAAGAAGACUUUGUCGCAGCACGAGUCGGUCGGAAGCAGCAGUUCCUCGGAGGAGGAGGAGGAAGAUCUGCGGGAUGAAGACUUCCAGGAGGACCCGCUCCUGACCUCACUCGACCCCAAGGAUGUUAAGACUCAGGAUCACUAUGCUGUGUUGGGGAUAGCCAAGCUGAGGUACAGAGCCACACAUGCACAGAUUAAACAGGCCUACAAGCGUAUCGUGUUGAAACACCAUCCCGACAAGCGCAGGCAGGCGGGGAAACCUGUGAAGGAAGGAGAUGAUGACUACUACUCCUGCAUCACAAAAGCAUAUCAGCUCCUCAGUAACAAAGUGUCCAGAAGAUCGUUCGACAGUGUUGACCCCGAGUUUGACGAUGUCGUUCCACCAAACAACUCUAGCUCAAAGGAAAACUUCUAUGAGGUUUUUGGGCCUGUGUUCUCCAGCAAUGCUAGGUUUUCAGUAAAGAAACAUGUCCCCAAACUUGGCACAGCAGACUCUACAUACGAGGAGGUUGACCACUUCUAUUCCUUUUGGUAUGACUUUGUCUCCUGGAGAGAAUUUUCCUACCUGGAUGAAGAAGACAAGGAAAAAGGGGAAGACCGUGAGGAGAGAAGGUGGAUAGAGAAACAGAACAAAGCUGCUCGGCAGAAGAGGAAAAAGGAAGAAGUGUCCAGAAUACUCAAGCUAGUCGAUAAUGCUUAUGCAUGUGACCCGAGAAUAAAGAAGUUCAAAGAAGAAGAAAAGAGAAAGAAAGAAGACGAGAAGAAAGCAAAGAAAGAAGCAGCAAGAAAGAUUGCAGAGGAAAAGGAACGGCAAAGACAAGCAGAGCUGGAGGCUGAGAGGAAACAAAAGGAGAAAGAGGAAGAAGAAGCUAAGGCUAAGGCAUUAGUAGCUAAGAAAGAGAAGGAGGCUGCUAAGAAACAACUUAAGAAGGAAAGGAAAAGACUAAGGGAUGUUUGUAAGACCAACGACUACUAUGUGGAUGGUGAGAGUGACACAGUAGCCAUGAUGGAGUCUAUAGAGAAGCUCUGUAACAGACUGGAGAUAGCAAGUCUACAGGACCUGAACACUGCCAUGGCAAAGGGCAGCAAAGAAGAGGCCAAGGCAGCGCUAGAUAAACAGAUAGAGGAGAUGGACGCAGACAUCCGUCGUGAGGAGGAGGAGCGGAUGGCUGCGGAGAGAAGGAAGCAGCAGGAGUCGGUACGGGCCAAGGAGAAGGGCGGGUCAGGCAAGCCGUGGUCGCCCGAGGACCUGGCGCUACUCGUCAAGGCUGUCAAGACGUUUCCCGCGGGGACGGUUUCACGCUGGGAAGUCAUUGCAGCUUUCAUCAAUGACCACACCACCACAGACAUCAAGAGAACUGCAAAGGAGGUCCUGAACAAGACGAAAACACUACAAAAAACAGAGGAUUCGCGCACUUUGCGGUCGGAAGUGAAUAAAGCAGCGUACGAACGGCUGGAGAAGUCGACCACGGAAGCGGCGUCCAUAAAGAAAGCAGAGGAUGCUGGGAUAUCCGAGAGGUUUGAUGACCCAUCAGUGUACCAGUUCAAGACCGGCCCUUGGACUGCGGAUGAGCAGAAGUGCCUGGAGCAGGCCCUGCGGACGUACCCAGCCGGCACCGGGGACAGGUGGGACCUGAUCUGUGAGGCUGUGCCGGGCAGGAGUAAGAAGGACUGCAUGGUCAGAUAUAAGGAGCUUGUGGAGAUGGUAAAGGCCAAGAAAGCAGCGCAGGCAGCUGCCAAGAAGUAGCAUCCGACUUUGCAGCAAUCAAAACACUAAGAAAUAUUAAUCUCCAAGUAGAUUCCCUGUGGCAUAUAAGAUAGUAUCAAAGGAGUAUAGCCGGCCAGAGGCAGUCCGUCGCCUACCUCCGGUCGCAUACACACUCCUAGGCUAGCUUCACUCCUCUGCCAGCUUUUGAUACUGUCUUAUGCUACCGUAUGAUCUGCUUGGAGAUUAGCAAAAUAUGUCUACUCAGAUAGGGCCAGCUGUUGGGAUAUAAAUAUUAUCUCCUAGUAAUGCCUUGAAGACAGUCACUCUGUAAUGCUAACAAAUCAAUGGAUUAAAAUACCAUUACAGACUUUGGACGUUUCUCCUGUUGCUCCCUUAUUCUGCACCGCACAAGCAUAUAGCAAGCUGUUAAUUUUGUCUGAUAUCUAUAUUUACAACUGGCUGGAGUGUUAGGAGGCAAGCUUGCCUUGUUUUUUUCUGCAUGGAAGCAUGUGACUGUAAGCACCAUGGAUGCAGAUUGCAAGAGCUCUGCAAUUUUCUGAAUGUUCAUUAAAACCAUCUCAGGGUUUUAUGCUUGGUUAGACUUGACAUUCAAGUAUUCAGAUUGAAUUGAAUGUCACCAUUUGGCCAGAAUGGAUUGCCAAAUCUAAUUUGAAAUUGCUCAUGAGGUGGUAAUACCAUCAUGGAAUUAUUGCACAGGCUCACUCAGUGGUAUAGUGUAUGGUUAGACCCAUGGGUCAGGCUAAAGGUCGAGACAUUAAUCCUUCAUGGCUAACUCCCCUCAUGCAGUGGGUAAAAAAAUGCUGUUACACAAUAUAGAAAGAACAAGAUAUUCCAUGGAAACAAUUGACUCAUAUUUUGGAUAGCUUUAUUGGUCAACCAUUGAUGAAAUUCCCGUUCUGGUCAUUUUUUCUACUGCCUUCUGUAAAAUGUUUUCAAUUACCACUUAAUUAAGUAAUCCCAGAUAGUGAAAACUUCUACUCUCCAAGCAGAGGUUUUUAGAUGUUUUUGUCAGGCUUUCUACUUUGUUCCGUUUUUGUCAGGCUUUCUAUUAUAUCCAUCAGCAAACAUAAAGGAAAUGGUACAAAAUACAAAGCCGGACAAAAACGUCUAGAAACACGUUUAUAAAAACAGCCGGAGCCGAACGUCUGCUUGGGUAGUAAACAAUUCAUGGAUCACCAUUUCUGUAAAGCUGAUGCAAGACUUUCCAUAGAUAGGCUAUAGACUAGUGUUUGACUGGAAUGUUAUCAUGUAUGUAGUGUUUUCUCUCCUGGGAAAAUCACCUUUGCUGCUGAGAGAACCAAAGUGUCUUUAUAGACAGACUCAAACGAAUGUCCUAUAAUAAAGAUACAAUGAUUUGUUUUUCUAUAAA